AUGCCUUUACCUUCCAUCAGUGUCGGUGGAGGUAUCAAGGUGCCCAAAGUGGGGAAAAUCUCCGCCAGUGGUGGCGUUGAUUUGUCGAAAGGGAUCAACUUGACUGGUGGCAUCGAACUGUCUAAAGACAAGGGGAACGUCUUCACCAGUGGCGCUGCGAAGCAAUCUCACGAGGAUGUUUCUCACCAAGCUAUCAGCUCCUACUUCAUAGGACCUCAGGCCGAGAACCUGUCCUAUUUCAAGGACAACCUGGAUGCUAUCCUCGAGGAGGUCCGGAAAGCAAGGGCUCGGUAUUAUCCUAGUGACGGGCAAUUUGUGUCGAGUGCCAUCCAAAGCUCUGCCGCCUUCCAAGAAUCUACGAAAACCGUUGCGGAGGCUUCAAGGAAGCUUGCAGAGCUCCUUGGGAAACACUCCGUUCCCUUCUGGUCUCCAAGGUACCAGGGCCAUAUGGCGAUGGACAUGAGCAUGCCUGCCCUCCUUGGCUACUUUGCCACAAUGCUAUACAACCCGAACAAUGUCGCAUUCGAAGCUAGCCCCAUAUCGACUAUACUUGAGAUGGAGGUCGGUGAGCAGCUGUGCGAGCUUCUUGGCUACAACACUGUCGAGAACGAAUACGACUCGCAGCCCACGGGCUGGGGUCACAUUACGUGUGAUGGCAGUAUCGCCAAUCUUGAGUCAAUAUGGGCUGCACGUAACCUCAAAUUUUACCCUCUGUCACUGCGUCAGGCCAUCGAAAAAGGUGGUAAGCUUGACUUUAUCGCCGACUCGUUCAAGGUCAGGAACUGUGAAGGCGACGAGAGACUCUUCAUAAACCUUUCAACCUGGGAGCUCCUGAACCUGAAGAUGAGUACUAUUCUCGAUCUGGCCGAUCGCCUCAACCAUGAGUAUGGCAUCUCUUCAGGAUACAUGGAGAAGGUGAUCGAUCAGUACAGCAUCCAGUCGCGAGGCAAAGAUGCUGUGGAACGCGAAUACGACAUCAACAAACCAGGACAGUACAUGGUCGCUACUACCAGGCAUUAUUCCUGGCCCAAGGGAGCUGCCAUCGCCGGGAUUGGUUCGGAAAAUGUCGUUGGAAUUCCCAUCAACAAUGCCGCCCAGAUGGACAUCGGUGAACUCGAGAAGCGCCUUGAAGAGAACUUCGAAAACCAACAGGCGGUGUAUGCAGUCGUUGCUAUUAUCGGAUCGACCGAGGAAGGCGCCGUGGAUCAACUUGGAGAGAUAGUGAAGCUGCGCCACCGCUUCGAGUCCAGGGGCAUGACAUUCCUUAUCCACGCAGAUGCUGCAUGGGGAGGAUAUUUUGCUACCAUGCUCGAGCGGGAUUUCACGCCUGGAAGGUCAUCCUACGGCAAUCUACCGGUCGAGUUGGGAGGCCCUGAAGGAUUUGUUCCGGACAGUUCGCUGAAACCCCAGACAAAGGAGGAUAUUUGGUGGCUCCGAUGGGCUGACUCCAUCACCAUUGAUCCUCAUAAAGCGGGCUACAUUCCUUAUCCUUCCGGUAGUCUCUGCUACCGCGACGGCCGGUUGAAGAAUCUCCUCACAUGGACCUCCCCCUAUCUGUCACGAGGGUCGAAGACAGGCAUCGGCAUCUACGGUGCUGAGGGAAGUAAGCCAGGUGCGGCGGCAGCGGCGACCUUCAUGGCCAACAAGUGUAUUGGUCUCAACCCUGAGGGCUAUGGCGCGUUGCUGGGCGAAGUGACGUUUACCUGCAGCAGACUCUCUGCCCAAUGGGCAGCUAUGACAGAUGAUACAAUGCCCUUCGUUGUCACACCUUUCAACAUGCUUCCCUCCGAACUAGCGGACGGUGCGACACCAGAAUCAAUCGAGAAGGAGAAGCAAUGGAUCCGCGAUCACAUUCUCACCAAAUCGAAUCAUGAGAUCAUCAAUGACCAAAGCAAGGCUCCCGGUGGACAAACAGCUUUGGAGCUCUUGCGCCUAUUGGGCUCUGACCUCAAUAUCAACGCUUUUGCCGUUAACUUCCGCUUCUCAAGCGGCAAACUCAACGACGACACAAAUGAAGCCAACUACCUGAUGCAAAGGAUUGUGCAACGCCUCUCGGUUGACUCCCCAGGUGAUGAUCCUACUAAAAUCCCAAUGUGGCUCACAUCCACGGAGUUCUCUCCCAAAACCUAUGGAGUUUGCGUACAAAACUUCAAGAAGAGAAUGGGCUUGCAGGACGGGUCACAAGAUCUCUUUGUCCUUCGCAACGUCGUCAUGUCGCCGUUCCCAACGGAAAAAGAUUUCAUCGCUGAGAUCGUGGGCGUGUUCAAGAAGGUGGCACUUGAGGAAGCUGAACUCUGCAGGAAGCGCAACGAUCAGACCGUGGCCGACCAUGAGUUCAUCGUCCAGGGCACUGACCUGAUUUACCUCGUGCACAAGCCGAGCUUCCACGUGGGUAACUAUCGUCACCAGACGAUACUCGAGGUCGAAAUUGUGGGCGGCGAUUCCCAAAAAGACUUUGUCAACCUCAAAAAGCAAUACCCAAAGGAGGUAUUCCAUUUCAAAACGAAAGACCCAAUCGACCUGAAUGAGUACCUUCACGCCAAGGAAAAUGCAGUCCUCGAGGGCUAUAUAAAGUUUGGCACACACGCGCUCUCAUAUCUGGUCUUCCAAUUUAAAAUCAAUUCCGUGCUGAAGGAUCGGCCACUCGACGGCAUGUACCAAGCAUCUUCCUACCCAGCCACCGGAAUGCCAUUCUUCCUCUAUGGUUAUGAGGGCGAGGCAAACCUUGACCAUAUCCUUGUCAAGUACCCGAGCGCACAGUUCCUGGCCGAAGGCGUCUCGCUCGAACUGGAGAAUUCCAUAGACCCCAUGGAGUUCGACAAAGGCCUCGUGGUUUACCUCAAGGGAGCCCGAGAGGAAGCGAUGCAGCCUUUCCCCGCGAACAAGGAUAUCGCAUCAAACCCGUCCUUCUUCUUCCAGCCCGGCAAGACUUUUGACGUUUCGAUUUACCGCGACCCAUGGGAGGAGAACUUGAAAGCUGGCGCACAGCAGGUUUAUGUCGAUUUGAUCAAUGCGCCUAGCGACAAGUUCUUGACUAACGGUAAGUUGAUGCUCAAAGAUCGCCUGAUCGUGGAUAGCGAGAGCGUCAACUUCGAUCCCUACUACCGCGAGGAUGACGUGGCGACGUGGCAGGAUGAGGUCAAGCAGAUUGGCAAGAAGUCCUGA